AUGGAGGAAAAUAAGAAUUCGAAGAAAAAAAACAGAAAAUAUAAUGAGAUAAUGUUAAAAUCAGCCAUUGAAAGUGUUUUACAGUCAAAAUUAACUUUGUACAUGGCAUCAAAGGAAUUCAACGUGCCGUGGAGUACAUUAAAGGCCAAUGUUGAACGAGUUAAAGAAGAACGCAAGCAGGGAAUAACACAGAUUAGGAUGCUCAAAGUAGGUAGACCAUUUUCUUUGUCAGCGAAUUUAGAACAAAGCUUACUGUCAUACAUUAUACAAAUGCAAGAGCUUGGAUUUGGCCUUACUGUAAACCAGAUAAGACAAAUAGCCUUUUCACUUGCUGAGACAGCUGAAUGUAAGCAUUACUUCAACAAAAGCAAAAGAUGUGCUGGAUGGAAUUGGUGGGUUAGUUUUAAAGGUCGUUACGGUUUAAGUUUAAGGAUUCCGGAAAAUCUUUCAUCCGGUCGUGCUAUUUGCUCAAAUCCCACAAUAUUAGCUGAUUUUUAUGAAAAAUUAGAGGCAACUUUAGUUAAUCAUAACUUGUUGGAUUGCCCAGAUAGAAUAUGGAACUGUGACGAAACGGGUCUUAUGUACGUCAACAAACCUACUAAAAUUGUCACCAAAAUAGGAAAAAAAUACGUAUAUAAUCGAACAUAUGCUGAGAAAGGCACUACAACUACAGUGCUAGCUUGCAUUAACGCAGCUGGGCAUUUCAUUCCCCCCUUUGGUGAUAUUUAA